AUGAAUUAAAGGUAGUACAAAAGCAAAUUAAGAAUAACUAAUCUUGAAUAAGAUUUAGAUGAACUCAUAAAUUCUCAAAAUAUAUUUAUUGUUAAAAGAGUUUACUAAAUGAAUCAAUUCAGAAAUUUUAAGAACACUUUACAAAAAUAUAAACUUUGGGUAGCAAAAUGCAAUAAAUCCCAGAUAAUUAACUUAUUGCAAACUUAAACACUUAAACAAAAGAUUAUUAAAAUACAUUUGAAAAAGAAUUUUCAAUAGUUUAUGAAUUUUUGUGAAAUAUAAAAAGUUGAGAAAAAUUUUGAAACGUUACAAUAAGACUAUAAGAAAUUAUAAUUAGAGAAUAAACAAUAUUAGGAAUCAAUUGAGAAAGACUACUAAUUGGAGAUCUAAAAGUAGAAUGAGAUGACUGAAGAGCUUAAAUAACUUAUAAAAGAUACUGAAUUUAAACUUAAAUAGAAAGAGAGUAAUUGUUAAAUGAAAAGCUGA